UUUAUUCUCAAAGGAAGUACCGCUGCCUAGCCAUAAUUGCAAACGCAAGCCAAGCAGGGCGACUGGGUUGGAACAUUAUAAGUAAGGUACUCUAUCACGAGAGCUUGGGAAAAACAUAGCAUAGCAUCCAUGGAGAAUAAUAGAGAUGGCCAAGUUCACCAGCUACAUGGGAAGGAUUACGUAGACCCGCCACCAGCUCGCUUGUUGGACAUGGAAGAGAUUAGGAGCUGGUCUUUUUACAGAGCUCUGCUUGCCGAGUUCGUUGCUACCCUUUUGUUUCUUUAUAUCUUAGUUGCCACUGUCAUCGGUCACAACAAGCAAAAAGGUCCCUGUGAUGGUGUUGGCCCUCUUGGUAUUGCUUGGGCCGUCGGUGGCAUGAUCUUCGUUCUCGUCUACUGCACUGCCGGAAUCUCUGGUGGUCACAUUAAUCCGGCUGUUACGUUGGGGUUGUUCGUGGCCAGGAAGGUUUCGUUGGUUCGAGCGGUGGCUUACAUGGUUGCGCAGUGCUUGGGAGCCAUCUGUGGCGCCGCUAUAGCCAAGUCCAUCAUGAGGCGCUACUACGACACUCUAGGGGGUGGUGCAAACGCAGUGGCCCCUGGGUACUCGAAGGGCACCGCUUUGGGAGCGGAGAUCAUUGGCACUUUCGUCCUUGUCUACACCGUUUUCUCUGCCACCGACCCCAAGAGAAACGCACGUGAUUCCCACGUCCCCGUGUUGGCUCCCUUGCCAAUUGGAUUUGCUGUGUUUGUGGUGCACCUAGCCACCAUUCCCAUCACUGGCACUGGCAUAAACCCGGCUAGGAGCCUAGGUGCUGCUGUGAUCUACGACAAUGAAAAGGCCUGGGAUGAACAGUGGAUAUUUUGGGUUGGUCCGUUCAUCGGAGCGCUUGCCGCAGCAGCAUAUCAUCAGUACAUACUGAGAGCAACGGCCAUCAAAGCUUUGAAAUCUUUCCGCAGCAACCCCACAAAUUAAAGGCUCUCGUC